AUGUCCCUCCGCCAGUCCGUCACCCUCGCCCGCGCGCGCCCAAUCACGUUCGCUGCUCCUGUCGCGGCGCGCUUCGCAUCCUCAUCUUCCUCCUCGGCCGCGCAGGAGCCCGAGUCCAAUGGCAAGCUGCCCAUGACCUGGAGCGAGUACCUGGCCAUGCGCAAGCGCCGCAAGCAGUGGUCGACGCUCACGACUAUUCCGACCACGAUCGGUGGCCUUAUGACCGGCGCGUCGUAUGCCGCACAACAUAGCAUGACGGCUGAGGGAGCGACUAUCCUCGGCUUCGACCCUAUGAUUGUGUAUGGCGCUGGAACUGUCGGUGCUAUGGCUCUCGGCUACCUCGUCGGUCCCGCGAUCGGCAACACCGUCUUCUCCGUCACGCAUCCCAAGCUGUCAAAGGGCAACCCCUCCCCUCUCGAGGUCAUGGACCGCGAGUUCUUCAACCGCAUCAAGGAGAGGCGAGCGGACCCUUCGCGCCAGAGCGUCAACAACCCCGCUCCUGACUACUACGGCGAGAAGAUCGUCUCGCUUCAGGCAUACCGCCGCUGGCUUAAGGACCAGAAGGCGUACGAGCGCAAGACUUCGCACGGCGUGCCCGACGACGCGUAG